AUUGUAGGGCUGCCCCACGCUGCCGCCGCGACACAACCGUCUAACGAGAUGAUCCUCACGCACUGCGCCGUCUGCGCCACCGACCUUGGCUUAACCAGGGGCAAGAAAUGCGGCCGCUGCAGCACGCGCUACUGCGGGGCAGCCUGCCAGGUGCAGCACUGGAAAGAAGGCGGGCACGACCAGCUCUGCAAGAAAAUAAAGCGCUCUGGUGGCGCUGAGCAGUACAACGCUGACCAGCGGUAUACGAAGGCCGUCGCGGUCGCGGCGGAGGCGUGCGCCGAGGACACGAAGGGGCAGACGUGCUACAUCUGCACGCAAGCCUUGCACUGGAAAACGAAGGAGGGCCUCGUGCGCGGUUGUUCCUGUCGCGGGACGGCGGGCUUCGUGCACGUGUCGUGCCUGGCGGAGCAGGCGAAGAUUUUGGUCGCGGAGGCCGAGGAGAACCAUUUGGACGACAAAUUGGACGAGAGGUGGGCGCGGUGGAACACGUGUAGUCUAUGCGAGCAAGAGUACCACGGCGUCGUGGCGUGCGCGCUCGGGUGGGCGUGCUGGAAGACGUACUUGGGGCUUUCGGAGACGGACCAGGUUCGGUUAGUCGCGAUGGACCAGCUUGGGAAUGGUUUACACGAAGCAGGAAAUUAUGAGGCGUUGUCCGUAAGAGAGGCCAUAUUGUCUAUGCUGCGGCGAAUUGGUUCACCAGAAGAUGACAUGCUCGCCGGUCAGAGCAAUCUUGCGAGCUCGUAUGAAGCGGUUGGACGGGUAGAAGAGUGCCUGCGCAUACGGCGAGACGUAUACUCCGGGCGUUUAAGGUUACACGGCGAGGAGCAUCUGCAAACCCUCCUAGCGGCCAACAACUAUGCGACGUCCCUUGUCCAACUACAGCACUUCGAAGAAGCCAAGACGUUGCUGCGCCGAAUAACUCCUGUGGCGCGACGCGUUCUCGGAGAUAAUCAUGACAUCACGCUCAAGAUGAGAUUUGGUUAUGCGGCGUCGAUCUGUUUUGACACCGGCUCCACGCUCGACGAUCUCCGCGGAGCUGUGACGACGCUUGAAGAGACGGCACGGACCGCGCGGCGCGUGCUCGGUGGCGCGCACCCGCUCACAACAGUGAUUGAGCGCCAACUGCGAGCGUCGCGAGCUACGCUGAGCGCUCGCGACUCGGACGUGGGCUCCAUCACUGAGGCGUUCGCCGCGAUGACGCCAUCGCCGCGAUAGGUUUAAGAGACACUAGUUACGCCCACAGC